AAUUGUUUGUUCAGUACUAUCAUUCAGCCCAUCAAUAUAUAUUUUUACCGGAACCCCCGAACUUGAACCAUGAAGCUCUCCAACCCCAUCAAACCAACAUUAUCUGAUGCCCCCCUCCUUGCCAAAAUCCUCCAAUCUUCCAUCGCCGAUAAUGACAAAGAUAGAGUAGCCCCUCAAUCGGAAGAGGCUUCCGCCUCUCAGCUCACCUUCCUAACCACCAUGUUCGAGCGCGAUCUUACCCAUCCACACCGUCGCUAUUGGAUCAUUCGGGACCUCGAUACCGGCGACGUCGCCAGCUUCAUCAGCUGGACUCCACCUGUUACGGAGGAAGAGGAGGAGCGGAUUCGCGACGAACGAGCCAGGACGCUACCACCGGUGCAUCGUCGCCAGAGUUCGGGUGGGGGUGAUUAUAUGGACGAGUUGAUGCCAAAGAUCGCGGAAAUGAGGAAGGAGAUUCUGGGGGUUCCGAGGCGGUUGAACUGGUAUUGUGGUAACCUGGCUACCGAUCCAAAGUACCAGCGAUUGGGGGCAGCCUCGAAGCUGAUUCGGUGUCCCUUUGAGGAGGCGGAUCGAGAGGGCGUGGCUUGUUAUUUGGAUACGGAUUUAAAUGGCCCAGCGAUCAAGAUGUAUGAGCGGAAUGGGUUCGUGCGGGUGGGGGAGGGAGUGUCUGUCAGCUUGGAGAAUUACGGAGGACAGGGUAUUCAUACCCAUGUCGGGUUGAUUAGGGAGCCAAAUCCCGUGAGCACAUAGUGUAGGACAGAAAAGAUCGUGUAGUCAUGGAAGAAAUAAUGUUUGGUUAGGGUUGGAUAGUGAUCGAGAGCGAUGAACUUGUGG